AUGGAUGUAACCACCGCGUCUAAAGAUUCCAUCGAGCUGCGAGAAGCGUCUCGGACUAAUCUAGGCAGUAGUCCCCUUUCCGAUUCCCUUUUCUCCGACUUUGGCGCUCUUCAGGCCUCCCGCGACGAUGCCACCCUCAGGCGCCUCGGGAAGCGCCCGCUUCUCAAUCGGAGCUUUGGCUUCAUGUCUAGCUUAGGGCUGUCCUGCUCAGUGCUGUUGUCGUGGGAAGGCAUACUCGUGACAUCCGUGCCGACGUUUCUGCACGUAGGGCCCGCGGGCGUCAUAUGGGCGUUCCUGAUCGGCUGGGUAGGGGUUACUUCGGUGUACGCCUCCGUCGCCGAGCUGGCUUCUAUUGCGCCCACUGCAGGCGGGCAGUACCAUUGGGUGGCCAUGAUGGCGCCGGAAUGGUGCGCUAACUUCCUGUGCUAUCUGACGGCCUGGCUCACGACACUCGCUUGGCAAGCCAUCGCCAUCACCACUAGUUAUUCUGUCGCUACGCUUAUCCAGGGCCUAGUCGUCCUAGCGGAACCGAGCUAUGUCCCUCUGCAAUGGCACACGGUGCUGAUAAUGUGGGCUGCCGCCGUGUUUUCCGUCCUCAUCAACUCGACUACCGGCCGUAUUCUCGCCAAGGUUGAGGGUUUCGUCCUGAUCUUGCAUCUGACCGGCUUCUUUGGCGUAUUAGUGCCGAUGAUCUAUUUUGCGCCGCAUAACACGCCGGCCGCCGUUUUCACGACGUUUACGAAUAAUGGCGAAUGGUCAUCGCAAGCUCUGGCUUUUCUCGUCGGCCUCCCCACGGUAGCUAGCACCCUUACCGGCGCCGAUUGCGCCGUGCACAUGUCGGAGGAGGUCCGGUCGGCCAAUGUCGUGGUGCCGCGGGCUUUGAUCUACACGAUUAUAAUCAAUGGGGCACUAGGAUUCUCCAUGGUCAUCGCACUGAUGUUCUGCACCGGAGACGUGGAUGCCGCGGUGGAAGCCGCCGAUAAGGUGUUUUACCCUUUUAUUCAGAUCUUCGAGGACUCGGUUAAGUCGACGCCUGGCGCGUGCAUCAUGGUGGGCGUUAUUUUGACAAUGGCGAUUACUAGCUGCAUCAGCACCUAUGCGUCCGCUUCAAGGAUGAUGUGGUCUUUUGCAAGGGAUAAGGGGCUUCCGUUUGAUACGUAUUUAGUUAGGCUAAACAAAAACACGCUUCCCGUCUACUCGAUCCUCACCACCAUGAUGUUCACCGUCCUCAUCUCCUUCAUCGUCCUCGGCUCCUCCGCCGUCCUCUCCGCCCUCCUCUCCCUCCUCCUCGCCGCCCUCUACUCCUCCUACCUCCUCGCCUGCGCCCUCCUCCUCUACCGCCGCUGCACCGGCGCCCUGCACCCCUAUGUCCCCGGCGCCGACAUCGACCUCCACCACCAGCUCGUCUGGGGCCCCUGGAGGGUCCCAGAGCCGUUCGGUACGGUCAAUAAUGCGUUCGCGUGCGUGUAUGCGGGGUUCUUGCUGUUUUGGUCGUUUUGGCCAAUGGAUAAUCAUCCGGGGGCGCAGGAUCUCAAUUGGAGUGUGGUGGUUUAUGGCACGGUUAUGGUUUUCAGUGUUGUGUGGUAUGUGCUGAGGGCGAGGCAUUAUUUUAAGGGGCCGAUUAGGGAGGUAUAG